CUCGAGGGCUGCUUCUCCUCUGCCGCCGCCUUCCUCCUCGCACUCGCAUCCGCGCCGCCACCCCACCGAGCUCAGAGCUCUCCGCUUCUCUACGCCACAAGGUUAGGUAAGGAUGGUGAGGAUCAGCGUUCUGAACGAUGCUCUCAAAAGUAUGUAUAACGCCGAGAAGCGUGGCAAGAGGCAGGUCAUGAUCAGGCCCUCCUCCAAGGUGAUCAUCAAGUUCCUCAUCGUCAUGCAGAAGCACGGUUACAUUGGUGAGUUUGAGUAUGUUGAUGACCACAGAUCUGGCAAGAUUGUUGUUGAGUUGAACGGCAGGCUGAACAAGUGUGGAGUCAUCAGUCCCCGCUUUGAUGUUGGUGUCAAGGAGAUCGAGGGAUGGACUGCUAGGCUGCUUCCAUCUCGUCAGUUUGGUUACAUUGUCCUGACAACCUCUGCUGGUAUCAUGGAUCACGAGGAGGCCAGGAGGAAGAAUGUUGGUGGCAAGGUGCUAGGCUUUUUCUACUGAAUGGAAAUUUUGUGAAAGGAUAUCGAAUUGAUGUGAUAGGAUGUUAUCUCAGGACAUCAGGCUUGUGUACUUUUUGCCUUCAUAGCUGCUAUGGCUUUGUUAUGUUAUGUUGGAUUCCGUCAAUUGUGAGAUGCACUUUCAAAUUUCGAGGCUCACCUGAGAUCAAUUAUGACAUUGAGCAUGCCAUUUAUGUCUA